AGAAUAUCAAGAGGAGACUCAGGAGGAAGAGGAGGAGAAACCACGUCCGAAACCCAUGGUCCCACAACUUGCCCCUCCAAAAAUCCCAGAGGGUGAUCGGGUUGAUUUUGAUGAUAUUCACCGAAAAAGAAUGGAGAAGGACUUUCUAGAAUUACAGACUUUAAUUGAUGCACACUUUGAGCAGAGGAAAAAGGAGGAAGAAGAACUGAUUGGUCUAAAGGAUAGAAUUGAAAGGCGAAGGUCAGAAAGAGCCGAUCAGCAGCGUGUUAGAGCAGAGAAAGAAAGAGAUAGACAAAUAAGGAUUGCGGAAGAGCGUCAGAGAAAAGAGGACGAUGAGGCUAAAAAGCGAGCAGAUGAUGAUGCCAAAAAGAAGAAGGUCCUAUCUAAUAUGGGGGCCAACUUUGGUGGCUUCUUAGCUAAGGCAGAGCAAAAAAGAGGAAAACGUCUGACUGCACGGGAGAUCAAGAGAAAGACUCUUGGAGAAAGGCGCAGCCCUCUUGGCAUUGAUAACAUGCGAGAGGAUGGCUUGAGACAGCAAGCUCAGGAAAUGUGGAACUGGAUUUCCCAGCUAGAGUCAGAGAAGUUUGACCUGUUGGAUCAUAUGAAGAAACAGAAGUACGAGAUUGUUGUUCUGCUGAACAGGAUUUCUCACGCUCAAAAGUUCAAAAAAAGCCAUGGUAAAGGGAAAGUUGGAGGUCGUUGGAAAUAAGUAAAAUGCUAAAAUGAUGUCAACACAGGAUCUAUUUCUUCUCUUACUCCUUUGACGCUUUCACGCUUUGUCUGCCAAAACUUAAAGCGAUUUCUGGAUAUAUUCAUAAU